AUGGAUCACUCAUUCAGUGGGGCACCCCGAUUCCUGACCCGGCCCAAGGCCUUCAUGGUGUCGGUGGGCAAGGACGCCACGCUGAGCUGCCAGAUCGUGGGCAACCCCACGCCGCAGGUGAGCUGGGAGAAGGACCAGCAGCCCGUAGAGGCGGGUGCUCGCUUCCGCCUGGCCCAGGACGGCGACCUGUACCGUCUCACCAUCUUAGACCUGGCACUGGGCGACAGCGGGCAGUACGUGUGCCGCGCACGCAACGCCAUCGGUGAGGCCUUCGCGGCUGUGGGCCUGCAGGUGGACGCUGAGGCCGCCUGCGCAGAGCAGGUGCCCCACUUUCUCCUGCGGCCCACGUCCAUCCGCGUGCGCGAGGGCGCCGAGGCCACGUUCCGCUGUCGCGUGCGCGGCUCGCCGCCUAUGGCCGUGAGCUGGGCCAAAGACGGGCGGCGCUUGGGCUCGCCUGACGCCCCCAGAGUGCGCGUGGAGGCCAGCGGCGAGGCGAGCGCGCUGUGCAUCCAGGCAACGCGGGCCCGGGACGGCGGCACCUACACGGUGCGCGCCGAGAACCCGCUGGGCGCUGCCAGUGCCGACGCGGCGCUCACCGUGGACGCGGAUGCGGACGCGGCGGGCCCUCCCGGGGCCUCCACUGCUGCGCUUCUGGCGCACCUGCAGCGGCGGCGCGAGGCGAUACGCGCUGACGGCACCCCGGCCUCGCCACCGGGUUCUGGCACGCGCACAUGCACCGUGACUGAAGGCAAGCACGCGCGCCUCAGCUGCUACGUGACGGGGGAGCCAAAGCCAGAGACCGUGUGGAAGAAGGAUGGGCAGCUAGUGGUCGAGGGCCGGCGACACGUGGUGUACGAGGACGCCCAGGAGAACUUCGUGCUCAAGAUCCUCUUCUGUAAACAGUCGGACCGGGGCCUCUACACCUGCACGGCGUCCAACCUGGUGGGCCAGACUUACAGCUCCGUGCUGGUCGUCGUCCGAGAGCCCGCGGUGCCCUUCAGGAAGCGGCUGCAGGACCUGGAGGUGCGGGAGAAAGAGUCGGCCACGUUCCAGUGCGAGGUGGAGCUGCCGGCCACGGAGGCCGCGUGGUACAAGGAGGAGACGCGGCUGUGGGCCAGCGCCAAGUACGGCAUCGAGGAGGAGGGCACUGAGCGCCGGCUGACGGUGCGCAACGUCUCGGCCGACGACGACGCCGUCUACAUCUGCGAGACGGCGGAGGGCAGCCGCACGGUGGCGGAGCUCGCAGUGCAAGGCAACCUCAUCCGGAAGCUCCCGAGGAAGACCGCGGUGCGAGUGGGGGACACGGCCAUGUUCUGUGUGGAGCUGGCCCAGCCCGAGGACUCCGUCCACUGGCUGAGGAACCAGGAGGAGGUGGUGGCUGGGGGUCGCGUGGCCAUCACCACAGAAGGCACGUGCCACACGCUGACCAUCUCCAAGUGCAGCCUGGAGGACAUGGGCGAGGUGACCUUCAUGGCUGGGGACUGCCGGACAACGACACAGUUCUUUGUGUCUGCCCCUAGGAAGCCGCUGCUGCACGCACCUGAGGCCCCCGUGGUGAAGUCCAGGACAGAGUGCUCCGUGACCCUUGGCUGGUCCCCACCACCCCACGGGGACCGCCCUGUCCCCAUCGAUGGUUAUCUGGUGGAGAAGAAGCGGCUUGGCGCCCACACCUGGAGCCGCUGCCACGAGGCUGAGUGGGUGGGUGCGCAGGAGCUGACUGUGGCCAGCGUGUCUGAGGAGGGGGACUUCCAGUUCCGGGUGUCCGCUCUGAACAGCUUUGGCCACAGCCCCUACCUCGAGUUCCCAGGGACUGUGCACCUGACCCCCCAGCUUGCCGUGAGGACGCCCCUGAAGGCAGUGGAGGCUGUGGAGGGUGGUGAGGUGACCUUCUUCGUGGACCUCACUUUGGCCUCGGUGGGCGAGUGGUUCCUGGACGGGCAGGCCCUGAAGGCCAGCAGCAUGUACAUGAUCCGUCAGGACGGCACACGGCAUGCCCUCACCAUCCACUCAGUGUCCGCCAGCAUGCACGGUGCUGAGCUCAAGUUUGUGGCCAAUGGCAUUGAAAGCAGCAUCCGCAUGGAGGUCCGAGCGGCCCCAGGGAUGACCACCAGGCGUCCAGUCACAGCUGUGAGGGAAGUGCUGGCCCGGCUGCAUGAGGAGGCACAGCUGCUGGCUGAGCUGUCAGACCAGGCUGCAGCGGUGACAUGGCUGAAGGAUGGCCACGUGUUGCCACCAGGCCCCAAGUAUGAGGUGCAGGCCAUGGCUGGACAGCGGGCACUGCUGGUGCGGGAUGUGGUGCGAGAUGAUGCUGGCCUCUACGAGUGUGUCAGCCGUGGGGGCCGCAUCGCCUACCAGCUCCUGGUGCAAGGGCUCACUCCCUUUCUGCACAAGGACACUGCUGGUGGCUGUGUGGAUGCUGUGGCUGGAGGCCCAGCCCACUUCGAAUGCGAGACCUCCGAGGCCCAUGUGAGUGUGCACUGGUACAAGGAUGGAAUGGAGCUCAACCGCUCCAGCCAGCGCUUCUUGCAGGAGGACGUGGGUUCACGGCACCGGCUGGUGGCAACCUCGGUCACCAGGCAGGAUGAGGGUACCUACUCGUGCCGUGUGGGCGAGGACUCCGUGGACUUCCAGUUGCGUGUCUCUGAGCCCUCUGCAGUGUUUGCCAAGGACCAGCCAGCAUGCAGGGAGGUGCUGGCCAAGGCGGGGUCCAGUGCCACCCUGAGCUGUGAGGUGGCCCAGGCCCAGACAGAGGUGACGUGGUACAAGGACGGGAAGAAGCUGGGUGCGAGCUCCAACGUGCACGUGGAGGCCAAGGGCUGCAGCAGGCGGCUGGUGGUGCAGCAGGCGGGAAAGGCGGAUACGGGGGAGUACAGCUGCGAGGCGGGGGGCCAGAAGGUGUCCUUCCACCUGGACCUCACAGAGCCCUCCGUGGUGUUUGCCAAGGAGCAACCAGCACACAGUGAAGUGCAGGCCAAGGCAGGGGCCAGUGCCACCCUGAGCUGUGAGGUGGCCCAGGCCCAGACAGAGGUGACAUGGUACAAGGACGGGAAGAAGCUGAGUGCGAGCUCCAAUGUGCAUGUGGAGGCCAAGGGCUGCAGCAGGCGGCUGGUGGUGCAGCAGGUGGGGAAGGCAGAUGCUGGGGAGUACAGCUGCGAGGCCGGGGGCCAGAAGGUGUCCUUCUGCCUGGACGUCACAGAGCCCUCUGUGGCGUUUGCCAAGGAGCAGCCAGCAUGCAGUGAGGUGCAGACCAAGGCGGGGGCCAGUGCCACACUGAGCUGUGAGGUGGCCCGGGACAAGACGGAGGUGACAUGGUACAAGGAUGGGAAGAAGCUGAAUGCGAGCUCCAAAAUAUGCAUGGAGGCGAAAGGUUGCAAGAGGCAGCUGGUGGUGCAACAGGCGGGGAAAGAAGAUGCUGGGGAGUACAUCUGUGAGGCUGUGGGCCAGAAGGUGUCCUUCCACCUGGAUGUUGCAGAGCCUCCAGCUGUGUUUGCCAAGGAGCAGCCAGCACGCAGGGAGGUGCAGGCCAAGGGGGGGGCCAGUGCCACCCUGAGCUGUGAGGUGGCCCAGGACAAGACGGAGGUGACGUGGUACAAGGAUGGGAAGAAGCUGAGUGCGAGCUCCAAAGUGCACAUGGAGGCCAAGGGUCGCAACAGACGGCUGGUGGUGCAGCAGGCGGGGAAGGCGGACACCGGGGAGUACAGCUGCGAGGCCGGGGGCCAGAAGGUGUCCUUCCGCUUGGACGUCACAGAACCUACACUGGUGUUUGCCAAGGACCAGCCAGCACACAAGGAGGUGCAGGCCAAGGCAGGGGCCAGUGCCACCCUGAGCUGUGAGGUGGCCCAGGACAAGACGGAGGUGACAUGGUACAAGGACGGAAAGAAGCUGAGUAUGAGCUCCAAUGUGCACGUGAAGUCCAAGGGCUGCAGCAGGCAGUUGGUGGUGAAGCAGGCGGGGAAGGCGGACACUGGGGAGUACAGCUGUGAGGCAGGGGACCAGAAGGUGUCCUUCCACCUGGAUGUCACAGAGCCGGCUGCUGUGUUUGUCAAGGAUCAGCCAAUGAACAGUGAGGUACAGGCCAAGGUGGGGGCCAGUGCCACCCUGAGCUGUGAGGUGGCCCAGGCCCAGACAGAGGUGACGUGGUACAAGGAUGGGAAGAAGUUGAGUCCGAGCUCCAAAGUGCACGUGGAGGCCAAGGGCAGUAACAGGCGACUGGUGGUACAGCAGGUGGGGAAGGCGGACACCGGGGAGUACAGCUGCGAGGCAGGAGGCCAGAAGGUGUCCUUCCGCCUGGACGUCACAGAAACCUCCAUGGUGUUUGCCAAGGAGCAGCCAGCAUGCAGUGAGGUGCUGGCCAAGGCAGGGGCCAGUGCCACUCUGAGCUGUGAGGUGGCCCAGGCCCAGACAGAGGUGACGUGGUACAAGGACGGAAAGAAGCUGAGUACAAGCUCCAACGUGCACGUGGAGGCCAAGGGCUGCAGCAGGCGGCUGGUGGUGAAGCAGGCGGGGAAGGCAGACACUGGGGAGUACAGCUGCGAGGCAGAGGGCCAGAAGGUGUCUUUCCACCUGGAUGUCACAGAACCCUCUGUGGUGUUUGCCAAGGAGCAACCAGCACGCAGUGAAGUGCAGGCCAAGGCAGGGGCCAGUGCCACCCUGAUCUGUGAGGUGGCCCAGGCCCAGACAGAGGUGACGUGGUACAAGGACGGGAAGAAGCUGAGUACAAGCUCCAACGUGCACGUGGAGGCCAAGGGCUGCAGCAGGCGGCUGGUGGUGCAGCAGGCGGGGAAGGCAGAUGCUGGGGAGUACAGCUGCGAGGCUGGGGGCCAGAAGGUGUCCUUCCGCCUGGAUGUCACAGAGCCCUCCGUGGUGUUUGCCAAGGAGCAACCAGCACGCAGUGAAGUGCAGGCCAAGGCAGGGGCCAGUGCCACCCUGAUCUGUGAGGUGGCCCAGGCCCAGACAGAGGUGACGUGGUACAAGGACGGGAAGAAGCUGGGUGCGAGCUCCAACGUGCACGUGGAGGCCAAGGGCUGCAGCAGGCGGCUGGUGGUGCAGCAGGCGGGGAAGGCAGAUGCUGGGGAGUACAGCUGCGAGGCUGGGGGCCAGAAGGUGUCCUUCCGCCUGGAUGUCACAGAACCCUCUGUGGUAUUUGCCAAGGAGCAGCCAGCAUGCAGUGAGGUGCUCUGCAAGGCGGGGUCCAGUGCCACCCUGAUCUGUGAGGUGGCCCAGGCCCAGACAGAGGUGACGUGGUACAAGGACGGGAAGAAGCUGGGUGCGAGCUCCAACGUGCACGUGGAGGCCAAGGGCUGCAGCAGGCGGCUGGUGGUGCAGCAGGCGGGGAAGGCAGAUGCUGGGGAGUACAGCUGCGAGGCCGGGGGCCAGAAGGUGUCCUUCUGCCUGAACGUCACAGAGCUGGAGCCUGAGUCCCCUGCCCUGGAGAGACCUGGCCACAGGGAGCCUCUGGUCGUCAGGGAGCAUGAGGACAUUGUCCUGACAGCCAAGCUGGCCACACCCUCUGUGGCCGCGGUGACAUGGCUCAAGGACGGUGUGGAGAUUCGCCGAAGCAAGCGGCACGAAACAGCCAGCUUGGGGGACACCCACACCCUGACCAUCCACGGGGCCCAGACCCUGGACAGCGCAGUCUACAGCUGCCGUGUGGGCACGGCAGGGCAGGACUUCCCUGUGCAGGUGGAAGAGGUGGCCACCAAGUUCUGCCAGCCCCUGGAGCCUGUGAGCGGGGAGCUGGGGGGCACGGUGACGCUGGUGUGCGAGCUGAGCCCACCCCAGGCCGAGGUCGUGUGGCGCUGUGGGAGCACACAGCUCCGGGCUGGGAAGCGCUUCCAGAUUGAAGCCACAGGGCCCCGGCGCUGCCUCACAGUGUCAGGCCUGCGGCUGGAGGAUGCGGGGGAGUACACGUGCGAGACUCGCAACGACCGCACCAGCGCACAGCUCACCGUCAACGCCCCCCGCACGGUCAAGUUCACAUCAGAGUUGAGGGCGGUGGUGGCCGAGGAAGGUGGAGAGGCCACCUUCCAGUGCGUGGUGUCCCCGGGCGACUCGGCAGUCAUGUGGUUCCGGGACGGCGCCUUGCUGAAGCCCAGCCAGAAGUUUCUCAUCUCCCAAAGUGGCUCCAGCCACAGCCUGACCAUCUCUGGCCUGACCCUGGAGGACACUGGUCAGAUCACUGCAGAGGCUGAGGGUAUCCAGUCCUCAGCUACUCUCCGGGUGCGAGAGGCUCCGGUGCUGUUCAGAAAGAAGCUGGAACCCCAGACGGUGGAAGAGCGGAGCUCAGUGACCAUGGAGGUGGAGCUGACGCGGCCGUGGCCCAAUGUCAAGUGGACACGGAAUGCAGCCGUCCUGGCGCCAGGCAAGAACGUGGAGAUCCACGCGGAAAGCACCAGUCACCGCUUGGUUCUGCACUGUGUGGGUUUCGCUGACCGUGGCUUCUAUGGGUGCGAGACUCCAGACGACAAGACGCAGGCCAAGCUCACCGUGGAAAUGCGCCGGGUCCAGCUCGUGCGGGGCCUACAGGCGGUGGAGGUGUCCGAGCUGGGCACAGUCAGCAUGGAGGUGGAGCUGUCCCACGCUGACGUGGAGGGCAGCUGGACGCGGGAUGGCCUGCGGCUACAGCCAGGGCCAACGUGCCAGCUGGCCGUGCAUGGCCCCAUCCACACGCUCACGCUGUUGGACCUGCGGCCACAGGAUGGCGGCCUCGUCACCUUCAAAGCUGAGGGGGUGCACACGUCCGCGCGGCUCAUGGUAACCGAGCUGCCUGUGAGGUUCAGCCGCCCCCUGCAGGACAUGGUGGCCACAGAGAAGGACAAGGUGACCCUGGAGUGUGAGCUGUCACGCCCCAAUGUGGAUGUGCGCUGGCUGAAGGACGGUGUGGAGCUUCGGGUGGGCAAGACAGUGGGCAUGGUGGCCCAGGGUGCCUGUCGGAGUCUCAUCAUUUACCGGUGUGAGCUUGGGGACCAGGGCGUAUACGUGUGUGACGCCCACGACGCUCAGAGCUCAGCCUCCCUGAAGGUGCAAGGUCGUAAGGUCCAGAUCGUGAGGCCCCUGGAGGACGUGGAGGUGAUGGAGAAGGAGGGUGCCACGUUCUCCUGUGAGGUCUCGCUCGACGAGGUGCCGGCCCAGUGGUUCUGGGAGGGCACUAAGCUUCGGCCCAGUGACAACGUGCGCACCCGCCAGGAAGGAAGGAAAUACACUCUCAUCUUCCGGAGGGUCCUGGCAGAAGAUGCCGGGGAGAUCAAAUUUGUCGCAGAAAAUGCAGAAUCACGAGCACAGCUCCGAGUGAAAGAGAAGCCCGAUGGAGACACUCGGCAUAGCCAUCACUGGACAGUGAACCGGGCCAGCGUGGGCUGUUCUGCUGGAGCGUGGUGGGAGUCUGCUGGUUCGAGGCUGAAGAGCACCCACACCAGUUUGGGUGUGGGGUUUUGGAGCUCUGAGCACCCCCAACCACACCGGCCACACCCACAGAGCUGCCGGUGGCCAUCCUGCGGCCAUUGCGGGACAAGAUAG